AUGACUAUCAUUGUUGUAGUGCAGUCACGGUUUGGUAUUGUUAGAGGAGCUACUCGUGGGUGGCAUAAAGAGGACCUUCGAUACAUUAUGUUGACGUGUAUUAUAUUACACAACAUGAUUGUAGAAAAUGAACGACUUGAAGACAGCGAUGAUGAGUUGGAGUCCAAUGAUGAGGAGGAUAACAAUAUGAGGCCCAGGAUUGCUGAGGUAUGGGAGGGACCAACGGGUAGAGACUUUGAUCAUGUUGGUAGAGAUGCUCAUCAUAUGAACGGAUUCAUGGACCGCUACCAACAAAUUAGAUCUAAGCACAGUCACUCCAACCUUCAGGAAGACCUCAUUCAACAUUUUUGGGAAUUUCAAGGCAAUAGGAGUAUCUAG